CUCUGCGUCAACAUUAAAAAAAAAAAAUAGAAGAGGACCGUGCGGAGCUCUGCAACUGCAAGCAAAGAAAGGGUUCCUUCGUUUCGGUUAGUAAGCAGAAGCAGCCAUGGAUGAAGAUUCGUUCCGACGCAUUCUUGAUCUCUUCCCCGUAGUCCGAUCCCCCGAUUAUCAUGCUGACUCAGAACCAUCAAGACAGUCAACUUCUCACUCUGCACAGGAUGAGGUAAAGGAAUGGCAGGAUGCAUGGAACAUGGGGGAUAAAAAAGAAGUUGAGAUUCGAGGGAUUGAAAAACAUGAUGCUUUCUGGGAUAAACUAAAGUUGGCUGCAGAGAGGAAGGUGGCAGCAGCUGAGGCUGAAAGAUUUUGCGAGGCUCUUCAAAGAAUUCAUGAGAAGCUUGUGAACGAACUGAGUUCAGAUGCUGCCCAGGGCUUUGCGAGUGCAUUGCACCCUCAAGAUUGUUGAAUGGUGUACUGUUUUAUGAUUGGCGUCUACAUCCUGUUUAUUUAGUGCACAAAAUUUGAUUUUUAACAGAAAUUUACAUCACCAAGCAAAUUGUACAUUUGAAAUUGCCAUUUUUAUUUCCAUGCAAUGAUGGUUAGAGCAAAAGAAAACCUCCCCACCGUUCACUA